ACGGAGGCCCCCACGCUGCUCGGGUAACGGUCUCGCCGCGCGGAAGCUGCCGCGCGCCGGGCGGGCCAUAGGGCGUCCUGUUGCUCGUCGCCGCGCGCCACACGGGGAUCCUGGCCCGCCCCGCCCCCUCGGCACCUGGGCACGGGCGGGACCGAGGCCGGCGGCUGGGACCACGAAGGAGUCGCGGCGGGGAAGGGCUGCUCGUCGCCCCUGGCCGCACCGUGCGGGAGGGGCGCCGGGGACCGCGGCCGGGAGCGCGGCAACGUGUCUGGCCCAUGCUGCCGGCCGCCGCGCCCGCGCUGCCCACACUCCUCACACGCGGCCCGUGAGCUUCCCACCCGCGGCCCCGGGAACCCGGUAGCGGCCCAGCUGAGGCUGGGGGCGCACCGGUACCCUCCGGGCGCGGGGCUCGGGCACGGACUCCCUCUGCGGCGGGAGUAGCGUUAAAGCAUGAAUGGAGAGCUGCGCCGGGGGCGGUGUUGCUGUGACUGACACCUCGGGGUCAUUCCCGAGAGGGGGCGAUUUCUCCAGCUUCUAGCUGCUUCUCGAGCUCGGAGUUCUUCAUGGAGGAGGAUUUCUGCAACUACUGCUGCUACUUCCAAGGCACGAGACUCCUGUUGUUUGGCCAGUGGUUGUGGGCCGAGCACACGCUGCCCCAGGGGCGUUCGUUGUUGAGUUGGUGCUUUACAAGCUGGGUUCUUUUCUUCCAAGAAUAGUCUUCACAUUUAAGAACAUCAUAAGAGCAGGAGGCACUGUUAUCUUCACUUGACAGCUGAAGAAAAUGUGGCGCAGAGUGGAAAAAUAACAUAUUCAGAGUCACACAGCUAUCAGCCAUGCAGCAAGUGUUGGAUAACCUUACGGAGCUGCCCUCAUCUACGGGAGCAGAAGAAAUAGAUCUAAUUUUCCUCAAGGGGAUUAUGGAGAAUCCUAUUGUGAAAUCACUUGCUAAGGCUCAUGAGAGGCUAGAAGAUUCAAAACUAGAAGCUGUCAGUGACAAUAAUUUGGAAUUAGUCAAUGAAAUUCUUGAAGAUAUCACUCCUUUAAUAAAUGUGGAUGAAAAUGUGGCAGAACUGGUUGGUAUACUCAAAGAGCCUCACUUCCAGUCACUGUUGGAGGCCCAUGAUAUUGUGGCAUCAAAGUGUUAUGAUUCACCUCCAUCAAGCCCAGAAAUUAAUAAUUCUAUCAAUAAUCAGUUAUUACCAGUAGAUGCUAUUCGUAUUCUUGGUAUUCACAAAAGAGCUGGGGAGCCAUUGGGCGUAACAUUUAGGGUUGAAAAUAAUGAUCUGGUAAUCGCCCGAAUCCUUCAUGGAGGAAUGAUAGAUCGACAAGGUCUCCUUCAUGUGGGAGAUAUCAUUAAAGAAGUCAAUGGCCAUGAGGUUGGAAACAAUCCAAAGGAGUUACAAGAGUUACUGAAAAAUAUUAGUGGAAGUAUCACCCUAAAAAUUUUACCAAGCUAUAGAGAUACCAUUACUCCUCAACAGGUAUUUGUAAAAUGUCAUUUUGAUUAUAAUCCAUACAAUGAUAAUCUGAUACCCUGCAAAGAAGCAGGAUUGAAGUUUUCAAAAGGAGAAAUUCUUCAGAUUGUAAACAGAGAAGAUCCAAAUUGGUGGCAGGCUAGCCACGUAAAAGAGGGAGGAAGUGCUGGUCUCAUUCCAAGCCAGUUCCUGGAAGAGAAGAGAAAGGCGUUUGUUAGAAGAGACUGGGACAAUUCAGGACCUUUUUGUGGAACAAUAGGUAGCAAAAAAAAGAAAAAGAUGAUGUAUCUCACCACCAGAAAUGCAGAAUUUGAUCGUCAUGAAAUCCAGAUAUAUGAAGAGGUAGCCAAAAUGCCCCCCUUCCAGAGAAAGACAUUAGUACUGAUAGGAGCCCAAGGUGUGGGCAGAAGAAGCUUGAAAAACAGGUUCAUAGUAUUGAAUCCCACUAGAUUUGGAACUACAGUGCCAUUUACUUCACGGAAACCAAGAGAAGAUGAAAAAGAUGGACAGGCAUACAAAUUUGUGUCACGAUCUGAAAUGGAAGCAGAUAUUAAAACUGGAAAGUAUUUGGAACAUGGAGAAUAUGAAGGAAAUCUCUAUGGAACCAAGAUAGAUUCUAUUCUUGAAGUUGUCCAAACUGGAAGAACUUGUAUUUUGGAUGUCAACCCACAAGCCCUGAAAGUGUUGAGAACAGCAGAGUUCAUGCCCUAUGUUGUAUUUAUUGCUGCCCCAGAACUGGAGACAUUACGUGCCAUGCACAAAGCUGUGGUGGAUGCUGGAAUCACUACCAAGCUUUUGACGGACUCUGACUUGAAGAAAACAGUUGAUGAAAGUGCACGGAUUCAGAGAGCAUACAACCACUAUUUUGAUUUGAUCAUCGUAAACGACAAUCUAGACAAAGCCUUUGAGAAACUACAAACUGCCAUAGAGAAACUGAGAUUGGAACCACAGUGGGUCCCAAUAAGCUGGGUUUACUGAUAAUUCAAUAAGGUUAACAAUUAAAAUAAAACUUUUAAGAAGUGACUGCAACAAAUAAACCUUUUACUGAGAAAAUACAUGCAGAGAUAGAAGAUAUCUGCCAAGUUCAGGCAUUUUUAUUGUACAGAUUGAAAUAACAGUACACUCUUCUAAAUUUUUAUAUAAAAUGUGAUUGGGAAAGUGUACUAAUAUAUAAUUUAUCUUAAUUUUUCUAACUUUUUAUGGAUAAUCUUUCUAUUCAUAUCAUGUAAAGAAAUGCGUUGAAGCAUUUUGUAUAUGUUUUGAUUUAGUAUUCUUGCCUUUUUCAUCAGGAAUUUUCAUUCAUUCUAACAUUGGUCUCACAUUUUCACUGUGAUAAUGAAUACUUGAAAUAGUUUUGUAAAACUCAUUUAGUUUAAUGUUUUAAUUAGUGAAGGGUCAGUUACUUUUAUUAGAAAAUAGUAAUUAUUGACAUCCCUUUUUAAAUUCUUACAGAAGCAGAAUUUUAAUGUCAGUGCUAUAGCUAGUCUACUACCAUCCAAGUCUGACAUCAUAAUUCUGCUCAGUGCUAUAUGUUUUUGUUAUUUCAAAGAUGUAUGACUAUCCAUUCUAAUUUAUACAGGUAUAUUGUGUGUUCUUUUUCCCGUCAUUUAUUUCUUUAGUGCAAAAAUGAAGAGCAAUAACUUGCACUCUCUUAUGGUGUUACUCUUUUCAUUUGUUGCAGGGACAUACUGAUGCUAACUAAUUUUGCAUGUACACAGUACACUCUGGGGUUGGGAGCAAGAUCAUGAGGACAGAGAGAGUGCCUUAUCCUGUAAAACCUUACAGUAAAAUGACACUUGAGAAAAGUUUAUUUUCACGUGUAAAAGUUGAACUGACAAAAGUGAACCAACUACAUUAGAAAGUUCUUUAUUAGGAUAUGGUCAGAAAUUGUUUCAUGCCUCUGCAGAUUCCUGUGACAUUUAAAGAUGCUUCUAAGUUUGCAAUUGAGGGUUUUGUGAAUGAUCAAUGUGUUUUUUGAAAUGUUACACAAUCAUUAGGAUAUUUGUUCUAUUUGUUGUGUUGAGAACCACAUCCAUUGAACAAUUUACAAAAUUUGGAAAGAACCGUCAGCUGCUUUAGAUGUAUGUACACAUAUUAUGUAUACCUUAUGUAUAUUAUAUAUGCACUAUAUAAUAUAUAUAAUAAUGUAUAUGUUUUUUACAUUUCUGCUAGGAAUUGUGCUUUUUUAGUUUAAUGAUAAGGAAAAAAAAAUUUCCCCCUUGAGAUAAAUGAACAUAGUAUAAAAAUUUCCACAUACACUUCAGUUAGUAUCUUCUUUUAGGAUUCUUAGAUGGUGUAAAUUCUUCCUAAAACAUGUUCAGAGAUGCAGCUUAUCAUUAAACUGAGUUAAUCAUG